CCGCGCUCGCCCGCGCCCGCCCGGCGGGACCAUGAAGCGGCAGAACGUGCGGACGCUGGCGCUGAUCCUGUGCACCUUCACCUACCUGCUGGUGGGCGCCGCCGUCUUCGACGCGCUCGAGUCCGAGGCCGAGACGGCCGACCGCACCCGGCUGGAGAAGCGGCAGCUGGAGCUCAAGAGCAAGUACAACCUCUCCGAGGCCAACUACUGCGAGCUGGAGGGCGUCGUGCUCAAGCUCAAGCCCCACAAGGCCGGCGUCCAGUGGAAGUUCGCCGGCUCCUUCUACUUCGCCAUCACCGUCAUCACCACCAUCGGGUAUGGACAUGCUGCCCCUAGCACCGAUGGUGGGAAAGUCUUCUGUAUGUUCUAUGCCCUGCUGGGGAUCCCACUUACCCUGGUCAUGUUCCAGAGCCUGGGCGAGAGGAUCAACACCUUUGUGAGGUACCUCCUCCACCGCAUCAAGAAGUGCCUUGGCAUGAGACGGCCAGAAGUGUCGAUGGCCAACAUGGUCACCAUUGGGUUCUUCUCCUGCAUCAGCACCCUCUGCAUCGGGGCAGCAGCGUUCUCCUACUACGAGAACUGGACCUUCUUCCAGGCCUACUACUACUGCUUCAUCACCCUCACCACCAUCGGCUUUGGGGACUACGUGGCCCUCCAAAAGGAGCACGCCCUCCAAACCAAGCCCCAAUAUGUGGCCUUCAGCUUUAUCUACAUCUUAACCGGGCUGACCGUCAUUGGGGCCUUCCUCAACCUGGUGGUGCUACGGUUCAUGACCAUGAAUGCCGAGGACGAGAAGCGGGACGCCGAACACCGGGCGCUGCUCACCCGCAAUGGGCAGGCCAGCAGCGUACAUACCACGGACACCACCGCUUCCUCGACCGCUGCCGCGCUGGGGGGCAUGGGGGGAGGCGGGAAUGUCAGCGGCAGAGGGGGGCUCCGUAAUGUCUAUGCUGAAGUCCUCCACUUCCAGUCCAUGUGCUCCUGCCUCUGGUACAAGAGCCGGGAGAAGUUGCAGUACUCUAUCCCUAUGAUCAUCCCCAGAGACCUUUCCACCUCGGACACCUGCAUGGAACAGAGCCAUUCAUCCCCCGGGCACUACCCGGAGACGCCGUCCAACAGAUGCUUCUGCAACACCCAGCGGUCUGCCAUCAGCUCCGUCUCCACGGGACUCCACAGCCUCUCAGCCUUCCAAGGACUUAUGAAGCGCCGUAGCUCUGUGUAAAGAGUAGGAGUCCUUUUUUAAACAAAACAAAACAAAACUAUCCUUAACUACAGCGAAAGGGAGGGAGCAAGGGGGUGUGUGUGGCACCAAAAACCCAGGUGGAGAGAAAUGGCAACAACCAAACCUAGAGCUUAUCCCUAUAAAGAGAGAGAGAGAGAGAGGAGCCUGCAUGGUCAGGUGUGUGCAAUGGAAGUCCAUGCGUAGACAUCAAGCACUGGGCUGGGGAAACUGAGGCACACGUGUCUCUGCAGCUGGAGCUACGGAUGGGU